AUGGUCGCUCGUGCUUGCGUCACCGGAAUUUAUCUUGCCGUGAACUUCUGGUCUGCGAUUUUGAUAAUAUGGUCCGUGAAAUGGGUACUGCUUGGCGGGUUUCACUGGACGGUGGCUCUCACUCUUUUACAUGCGGGCACUACGGCCUUGGGCUUGCAUCUGCUCUGGCGGGUGAGUUCUUCUCGAAAAAAGAACCUAUCAUCUCCUCUUGCGAUUAUUGAAGCCGGGCCUGGGCUGCACCAGAGUGCUGUACUAGUGAACAAUAUAUCAAAAUAAAAAAUCCCCCCUCCCUAUACUCAACAAACAAACGGAGAUUUAUUGUGUAGCGUGAUUUGUGAUCACACAUCACCUCCGACUGUCACAUGCUAGAAGGGAAGUAGAGAUGCGGAUUGUAGUGCUGGCUGGCGUAGGAAAGCCUUGCGUCUUCAACAUGACAGGAAGCAACUAAAAGUAGAUGAAACGGGAAACAGCAUGACAAAUUGCCCGCAAAUGAGGUAGCGCCUGCGUCUCUUGGCCUUCUAGCAAUACAUGUCGCAAAUUUGUGUAGCCAAAUGCAGCAGCACAAAUUUCGUUUUGAAUAUUGGGAGGGGGGAUUUUUCCUCACAGUACAAUAAUUACAAAAACAAGAAUUCGAGCACAUCAACUUCAAGAUCAACCUUAGCUCCGGUGGUCGUGCCCAGAACAUCAUCUAUCAAAAGGAAAAAUCCCCCCACCCCAUAUCAAAUGGGAAAUCCGUGAUGCAGGAUUUGUGUACACAAAUGCGCGCUGUCUUGCAAUACGGCAUCGCAGCCAGAUCCGCAGCCUAGGGCGGCACGUUUUGGUCUAGUUGCUUAGCAUUACAAACGGCUGGUCUCUGGGCCCAACAGUAUGCCAAACCGCUCCCAUAAUGGCCGGGAAGCCUCUGCAUUUGUCUUCUUGCAAGACAGACGUGACUUGUGGUCUCAAAUCAGCAAGACAAAUUCUCGGAAGCAUGCCUUCUCGACAUGGGGAGGGGGGAUUUUUCCUCUCAAUAUCAUGUUCGAGCUCUUCGUCGCUGAGCACGCCACGGCGAGGAGCUGACGAGGAGCCACGAUAUGGCGUUCUCAAAUGUUACAUUCUCAACUGUUACAUGAUUUGUAAUGCAAAAUCACAAUCAGAAUCGACACGAUCGAGCUGCUUCGCAUGGCAAAUUCUCGAAGGGCCACACAGGCUGAGAAUCUUUGUCAGAUCUGUCAUGCAAGACGCGCAAGGUGACCCCUUUCACUUUUGCCAUUCUUGCAUCACAAAUCAAUGUAACAGUUGAGAAUGUAACACUUGAGGACGCCAUACAUGAGUUGUAGCGGAUGUUGUCGUUGUUGAACUCGGUCUCGUAUGCAUUGCAAAAGCAUCGUACUCGUAUCAAUGCAUUACAAAUUUCCUCAGCAUGAGAAAUAAAAUUUGUAAUGCAGAUUUACGUAUGAAAAAAAGAUUUGUAAUGCAUGGGAUUACUACGAGUGCGAUACUUUUGCGGUUCAUAUCUCGGUAAAAAUGAGGCGGAGUUCAUCAACACACAGCCCUCUUGGGCGGGGCUGGAAAAAGAGGAAAAGGACCACCUUCGUGAACAUCAAAUUGGAGAUCCACUUCAUCUAUCGAGUGCAAAAAUCUCUGGGUCUGGAAGAGUGAGAGGUUUGUCAUGCCUUAUUUGCAUGACCCCUGAUGCCCGUAACGCAUGGUCCAGCAUCACAGAUUUUUAGAGGACUUCCUGAUGCCUGUUACGCAUGAGAAAUGCCUUCCCCACGUGGUACAAUAAAGUGGACUCCUCUUCUUGGUUGCUGGUCAUGCAGUACAAAUUUUUUUAGAAUCGAAAGACAGCAUCACAAGUUUGCAUCCUCCCCGACCCGGACACUUUUGCAUUUGAUAUCAUCAUGACGGCCAGAAAGCUGCAGCAGUUCGAGUGGUAGAAGAUGACGAGCAGGCCGCCGCCGGGGCAGAAGCAGAUCCUCAGACGGCCGCGGUGGAGGAGCUGGACGAGGACCUCCGCUAUGAACCGCAAAUAAGCAUCGUACUAGUAUAAAUUGCAUUACAAAUUUCCUCAGCAUGAGAAAUGAAAUUUGCAAUGCGGAUUUAACUUGAAAAAAACAUUUGUAAUGUAUGACUGCAAUACGAGUGCGAUUAUACUUUUGCACAGGACCUCCGCCGAAGUUGUGCAACUACAUGCGAAGAUGGUUACGAUCAACAUCUCGACCGCCUGCGACUGAUCGAUAAGGAGACCACGACGAGGCGCGACCACGACAAGGAACAACAGGAAUUCUUGCAUAAGUUCCACGGAGGUAUUAAAGGCGUAAAAAGCCUCUCCAAGAACGAGGACGCCGACGGCGCGGGAGCAGCGUCCUCACGGGAGCUGCUGACUCCCCGGUGGGUCACCGACUUAACCUUUGCCGAGGCAAAGAAGCUAUUCGCUUUGUCUCUCACCUACAGUUUUGGCAUUCUGGUGAACAACAACUCUUUGCGGUACAAUGCGGUUAUGGAUUGCAAAUAUCCCCGGAUGUCUGGAAGGCUGCAACUUGUAAUGCUGUCUCUGGAUUCUAAAAAAAUUUGUACUGCGUGACCAGCAAGAGGACUCCAGUUUGUGCUACGCGGAAAGGGCAUUUCUCAUGCGGUAGAGGCAUCACAAAGUCGUCUAAAAAUCUGUGAUGCUAGGGGACACAUGCAUCACAGACAGCAAGGGUCAUGGAAUAAACUAUGCGUGACAAUAAAUCUAGAAAUAUCUUCCCGACCCAGACAUUUUUGCAUUGGAUAGUGGUCAGCAUGUUCCAACUCUUAAAGGUGCUGAUCACCCCGGUGAUAUGAAGAGGAAAAAGCUUGUCACAGUCACGAAGUUGCAGGUUUGGCAUUACAAUUUUUUUCAGCAUCACAACUUCUCCUUCUAUUGCAGAAACACGAGGGAUGAAAUCCCUUAUGAAGUGUGGCAGUGAUGCAUUUUUACGCAUGACAGACAAUUUUGUAUUGCAAAAAUGCCCAUGAGUGAUUAUCGUGACGAACUUUUUUCUCUUGAUAGGUCACGCUGCUGUUGCAAUACGUGCUGUACGGAAAAACGGUCGGCAGACAGGAGGUGUGUUAUGAACUGCAAAUAUCCCUGGACGUCUGGAAAGGUCGAACCUGUGUUGCGUGUUUCGCAUAUCUAAAAAACCUGUAUUGCAUAAGCAGCAAAUAAAGCGCCGCAGACUUUCGUUAUGCAAAAGCGCAGUUUGUAAUGCGUUCUGCGCAUGAGAACCAAGCGUUUGAAAAAUGUGCCAUGCUGCACUGCACUUAAAGGCACAGUCAACCAUGACCAUUCAGCAUUACAAGUUUCCAGACAUCCAGGGUGGAUAUUUGCAUUUCAUGUGCGUGCGUUGGCGCUGAUGUGUAUCGGCACCACCAUUGUAUCAAAUGCAAAAAUGUCUGGGUCUGGAAGAAUGCAAGAUUUGUCAUGCAUAUUUCUCAUGACCCAUGAUGCCUGUAAUGCAUGACCUAGCAUCGCAGACCUUUAGAGGGCUUCCUGAUGCACCUUCCGCAUGAGAAAUGCCCUGUCCGUGUCGCGCAAAUUGUGCCCCUCUUGCUAGUCAUGCAAUGCAAAUUUUUUUAGAGUCCAAAAACAGCAUCACAAGUUGCAACCUUCCAGACCCAGACAUUUUUGCAAUGCAUACAUUGCCACCGUGUACCAUUUGGAGGCCAACGCGUUUGGGUUCUUCUUCGGGAUGCUCGGCGUGCUUUUGUCGAGCUUGCAGCAGAUCUGGAACAGCGAAUACCAGAAACAGCUGAAGCUGACGCCUCCGCAGCUGACGUACACCAGCAGUUGCUUCGCCUGUCUCACUAUCAAAUGCAAAUCUGUCUGGGUCUGGAAGAACGUAGCUUUUUGUCAUGCUGUUUUUGUAGGACACUGAAGGUCUGGCAUGGACGCUCUAGCAUCCCAGGUUUCGAGAUGAAUGUUCCGCAAUGUUGCCUAAUCCGCAUGACAAACGCCCCAUUUUGGUGACAGGGAUUGGGCGUCUUUUGCUGCCUAUGCAUGAGAGAUUUGCGUGCGUUAUGAAAUGCGCAUCACAAGUUGCAUUUUUCUUCCAGACCUCCCAGAGACAUUUGCAAUGCAUACUCAUCUUGGUGCCGCUGGUGUUUCUGCUGGAAAAGGAUUUGUUCCCCCGUGGUCCUCCGGGGGCUGGAGAAGUUCUACUUGAAGAGGAAGCGUCAUCUUCUUCUUCUGUUCCGCCAACAACUAAAGUACUUUUCUCCCCACCUUCCUGGGCAAGUCCAGGCUUGGUGUUUUGGCUCUGCGUAUCCUGCGUGGUUGCGUGCGUUGUUAGCAUAUCAAAUGUAAAAAUGUCUGGGUCUGGAAGAAUGCAUGUUUGUCAUGCUUGUCUGGCAUAACUCUGAAAUCUGUCAGGCACGUUACCCAAGAGCUCCACUUUUCUGUGAUGCAGAAACGUAGUUUGUUAUGCAGAAUAGGCAACACCUAGAAGCUCAGAAACUUGUCAUGCUGAGCCAGCAUUUGUGGCCUCAUCAUGAGACGCCACCCAGCAUCACAAGUUUCCAGACCCAGACAUUUUUACAUUUGAUAUAGCACCAGUGCCGCGGGCGUGUUGGGCCACACGAGCCCGCUGACGUACCAAGUAAUGGCCAGGAUGUAUCCUGAGUAAAAACGUCCCCACACCAGAGUUGUCAUGCAGAUUUGCCAUGACAGGAACAGUUGUGAUGCGCAACCCCAUGACAGGCAUUUUCAAUCGUGUUUGGGAACUUGUGAUGCUGUAAACAGGAUCAGAGGGUCGAUUUGUGAUGCGGCUUUCCUUGCUAACUUGCACUACCUUACGGACUGAAACUUGUCACGCGUGACUCCUAAAACUCCGAGGUUUGUGUUGCAAAAUCCCCAGCUUGACUCUGGUGUGGGGACGUUUUUAAUCAGGAUAGGACGAAGGCGGUGUUUAUCGUCAUGUCGGGCUAUUUGGUUUUCAAUGAAGAGCCGAUAUCAAAAUGAAAAAUCCCCCCUCCCCAUAUUGAAAAGCUAUGUUUAUUCCGAAAAUUUGUGUUGCUGAUUUGAGGUCACAAAUCACACGCGUCUUGCAUAGAGGACAAGUGCAGAUGCUUCCGCCGCAUUAUAGAAAAGCGGUUUGUCAUGCUGUCGAGCUUAAAGGAGAGCCGUUUGCCAUGCUGAACAACUAGACCCAUACGCCCCUUCUGCCUAGCCUGGGGAUCUGGCCGCAAUGCCUUCCUGCAAUACAAAGCUGAUUCGUGUACACAAAUCCAGCGUCAGAAAUUUCGUUUUGAUAUGGGGAGGGGGGAUUUUUCCUUGCAAUAGCCGACCUUUCGUAGCUCCAUCGGCAUCUGCGUGUAUCAAAUGUAAAAAUGUCUGGGUCUGGAAGAGUCCAAACUUGUGAUGCGCAUUUCAGAACACAGAAAGUUCUCUCAUGCAUAGGCAGCAAAAGCUGCCGACUUUCUGCCACCAAAGUGGGUGAUUUCUCAUGCGGGUUCGGCAUUGCGGAAGCUUCUCGAAACCUGUGAUGCUAGAGCUUCCAUGCCAGACCUUCCGUGUUAUGCAAAAACAGCAUGACUCUUCCAGACCCAGACAUUUUUACAGUUGAUAGCGUGACAGCGAUUGCCAUUGUGUGGUACACGAAGCUGAAGCUUGCCGCCUAUAACUGAGUUGAUAUAAUAAACCAUUGCUGAUGUUGUUGGUACAGGACGAGGCAGCUGAUGGCACUAUUUUUACACAGAGCCCCGUGCAGCUGCUGCCCUCGCGAGACGAGUUGUAUGAUAAAACAUCUACACUUCCAAAAAAAAUGUAAAUUUUGUUUUUCUAUUAUUUCCGUGGACACAUGCGUUUUACAAUUUGUUCUCGC